AUGCCACGCAUUAUUGAUAAUCUCAUUCAUUUCAAUGGUAAAGGUGACGAGAGUUCUACAACAGGUCGACGAAGUACACCUGCUUCGUCAAAUAGAAUGGGUUUGGUGAAUUUAAGAGAUUUAGUCGAAUCAGUUGCACAUAAAUGGUAUAAAGAUAAUGAA